AUGACUUUGGGACAAGAUCCGAAUGAUACCGAAUGUAUCUGUUCCGAUUUGCAACACGGUGAUUAUUCGUUAGCAUAUGAAUGGUUUAAUUAUAUAGCAGUGAUUAUUUUAUUGCCAACAAUUUCGGUUUUUGGUGUUGCAUCAAAUAUUGUUAAUAUUUUUAUUUAUUCUCGUCAAAGGAUGCGUAAUUCAUCCAAUACCUAUUUAUUAUUUCUUGCUUCCAGUGAUUUUUUAGUUGUUAUAACGGGUCUUUUCAUUUUCUGGAUCGAUUCCGCAAGGACUUAUAUUCCGGAAUUAUCGCGUGCACCUUACACAAUGGUCUAUGCUUUGCCUUUCGGAUAUAUGGCGCAAACAUGCAGUGUAUAUUUCACUGUUGCGGCUGCUAUCGAUUGUUAUAUUAAUGUGUGUUGGAAAACAUUAAGUGCAAGCUAUUGUACAAUUCGACGUGCGUGUAAAAUAAACACGUGUAUAACUAUAUGCGCUAUCAUCUAUAAUUCAUUACGUUUCCCACAAUUCAAGUUGAGGAAAUGCUUGCAUAAUGGUUCAAAGGAGACAAUAGUGGAAAUUUGUCCGACCUCUUUAUUCUUUGCAAUCAACACAAUAUAUAACGUAUAUAUGUAUAUGGUGCUCAUGACCUUACUUCCUUUUCUAUUUCUAUCCAUUUUAAAUGCCAUCAUUGUUGUGCAGCAAUCGUCUUUAUCACAAUCAAAUUCGACAGAUUUCGUCGAAGAUAAUGCUUCUCGAAUUACCAUAACAGCUUCCGGUGAUAGUAUAACAAUGAUUAUGGUGGUUAUUUUGUUCUUAUGCUGCAAUGUUUUGGCAUUGAUAGUAAAUGUGAUUGAAACAUUCUUCGAACCAACCACUUUGCUACUCAAUUUCCUCACCGAUACUAGCAAUUUCCUAGUGAUUUUAAAUUCAUCUAUUAACUGUCUCAUUUAUUACACCUUUAAUAAAGAAUACAAGGAAGUCUUUUUGAUAAAGAUGCAAACAAUUAAACAACAAUUAAUUAGCAAAUGUUUGAAAUGUAAUGCCGAUCGAACACAGUUAGAAUCAUUUAAUUCCACUCCUGCUAUUGCACAAAUUUUAAAAAACAAUUCAUCAGGGCAGGAAGUGGUAAAAUGCGAUUUACCGAUCUGGAAAUCUAUGUAUCGUCCAAUUAGAAAUUAUAAUUCAUUUCCUGUAACAAAUAUCGAUAAUGCAAACAAUUCAAAUAUUCCAGUUGGUCUUUGCACGUGUUGCUUGGAAAUUUUGCUAGAUGAUGACGGUGGAAAAUGUUAA